AUGAGCGCCGACAUCUGGGACGACGACGGGUGGGAGGACAUGCCCGUUCUGCGCUCGUCCUCGACCGAGCCGACCGCGUCCAUCUUCGACUCGGACUUGCGCGACGUCGACGAUGCCUCCUCGAAGAAGCGGAGUGCGGGACCUGCAGGACCGUGGAACGCCCCUGCGCCUGCGAAGUUGCUUGACUCGCCUGUUGCGCCGGGGUACUCGAGUAUGGCAGGCGCGUCGGCGACGGGAAACGCGACGGGUCGGUUGGUCGAUGUGGGUGAGAAGGGCGCGACGGCCGGUUUGCGAGAGAAGGGCGACUUGGACGAGAUGGACUACACCCGACUCGAACUCGACGAUGAUCCGGACGAGGACGAGAUCUCGAUGCGGACGCAGUACCUCUUCAAUGAGGAUACCUCCAUGACGCCCCUUUCGCAGAUGCAGCAGACCAAGACGCUCCUUACCGAGGGCCAGCGCAUCGCGUACGUCGGUCUGUGCAGGCUCGUUGCGAGGGAGAUGGUGCAGACGCUUGCGUUGGCGGCUAAGGGGGCGAAGGAACUCGAUCCGGCGAAGGAAAGCUGCAAGAACUGGGCAAACAAGAUCAUGGGUCGGCUGUACCGGCAUAUGGACGUCGACAGUGCAGAACAACGCAUGAUCGAGCAACUCGCAGAACACGGCGUCACGGCCGAAGACCUCGUCCCGUCUCUCGUCGCAACCUACACUGUCGACAAUCCCGACUACGAUCCCGAAGCAGCAGAAGCGGCGGCGAAGGAAGCGGACAUUGCGCUCGAGGCGGAGACUGCGCGGAGAACGGCAGAGGCGGAGCAGCGGAGAGAAGAGGAGCCGAUGGCGCAUGCUGACGACGUCGAGGAGCGGUUAGGAGACCUUGCGCUGGGUCAGGAGGACACGGAAGCGGAGCCGCACGGCUACGUCAAACGGGAAGUGAGGAAGAUCGAGAGGAGAACGAGCGAGGCGACGUUGCGGUCCUCUCCUCAGUCGCCACGAUCACCUCGAACAGUUCGCUCGCCUCCAGAAACACCGAGCAAGCGACAUCCGAGCGCGUUCGACGACUUUGACGACGGCGGUGACAUCGGCAGUGCGCUCGAUGACCCUCCCGCUAAAUCGCCCUCCCCUCCGCCCGAUUAUCCUCCCGCGCCAGAACCUUCAGAUCCUCCACCCAUUGUCGAGCCGACCACCCCGAAAGCUUCCGCUUCUGCCCUUCCCGCCUACGACGAGCUCGACGAGCGGAAACCCGACAACUUCCUCCAGCCUCUCCCUUCCUCCCUUCCCGGCGUCACGCAGAACCUCUCGAGCCUCGAUAAGACCGUCACGCUCGACAUCCGAUGGACGAUCCUCUGCGACCUCUUCCUCUCCCUCAUCGCCGACUCCGUCUACGACGCCCGCUCGCGCGUCUUGCUGGGCAAGAUGGCUGAGAAACUCGGUCUCGAGUGGCUUGACGUCGUGCGCUUCGAGCGACGAUUGACAGAGGCGCUCGAGAUCCAGGAGGCGGUCAAGGACAAGGAGCACGAGGAGGUUCUCGAGGGUCGGCGGCUGAAGGACAAGCACAAACGGUACCUCAUGAUGGGUCUCGCAACUGUAGGCGGAGGACUGGUCAUCGGUUUGUCGGCAGGCUUGCUCGCCCCCGUCAUUGGCGCAGGUCUCGGCGCAGCCUUGACUACCGUCGGCGUAACGGGAACGUCAGGUUUCUUGGCAGGCGCGGGAGGCGCUGCGAUCAUCUCGUCUGGCGCGACGUUGACUGGUGCGACGAUUGGCGGGAAGGCGAUGGCGCGGCGGACCCGGCAUGUCAAGACGUUCGACAUCCAGCCUCUGCACAACAACAAGCGGGUCAACCUCUUCAUCACCGUCCCUGGAUUCAUGAACGGCCCGCGAGACGACGUCCGCCUUCCUUUCAGUACCAUCGACCCCGUCGUUGGCGAUGUCUUGUCGGUUUUGUGGGAGCCCGAGAUGAUGGGCGACACGGGCAACGCGCUCAAGAUCUUGGCUUCCGAAGUCUUGACGCAGGCUGGGCAGCAGGUGCUGGCUGCGACGGUCAUGACGGCGCUGAUGAGCGCUUUGCAGUGGCCAAUGAUGCUCACCAAGCUCUCCUACCUGAUUGACAACCCCUGGUCGAACGCGCUCGACCGGGCACGACAAGCCGGCGCCAUCCUCGCCGAUAUUCUGAUCAAUCGUCGCCUCGGUGUCCGCCCCGUCUCGCUCGUCGGCUUCUCCCUUGGCGCUCGAGUCAUCUUCUUCGCCCUCGUCGAGCUCGCCAAGGCGAACGCGUUUGGGGUCGUGCAGGAGGUGUACCUCUUCGGCGCGACCGUGACGGCCUCAAACAAGGUCUGGCGACAAGUGCGCGGGAUCGUCGCAGGUCGCUUCGUCAACGGCUUCGCGAUGAACGACUGGGUCCUCGGGUACCUCUUCCGUGCGACGACAGGCGGUUUGCAGACGGUUGCAGGCCUUCGACCGAUCGAGCAUGUACCCGACCUCGAGAACGUCGAUAUCACGCACCUCCUCGACGGUCACACGACCUACCGCUCGCGUAUGCCGAAACUUCUCGCUUACGUCGGCUUCAAGGUCACGGCCGACCACUUUGAUGAGCCGGAUCUGGACCCUGAAGCGCCGGAUCGCGAGGUAUUGACGAAGGAGCAGGAGGAGGAGCGGCGGCUGAAGAAGGAGAAGAAGGGCUUGGGUAUCUUUCGGCGCAAGAAGGCGGGCGGGACAGACUCGACGCCUAUGUCGCGCGCGCCUUCGAUCGACGAGUACGAUUUGCCGCCGCGGCUAUCGUCUUCGUCCUCGACGUCGCUCAACAAGAUCUUGCCGGGCGUCUCGACGCAGGGUGGACGGAGCAGCUCGAGCUUGUCGGUCGCGACGAGCGGAGCAGACGUGGAGGCGACGGAGGAGAAGCAGGCGCCUUCGCCCAGCGCUCAAUCGGAACAAGCUCAGGCUGCGGCUGUCGAGUCGCCUCAAGCCCCAGCAUCUCCAGCCGUCCCUUCCGGCUUCGACCUGGCCAAGUUGCGGGACGAGGUCGCGCAGCUCCCGAAGCCAUCGCCCGAGCGAGCCGCCAGUCUCCCGCCCCAAGAGCUCCCAACGGUUGCCUCUACUUCUUCAGCAGCGCGCGCCGCCGGCGAGUCGAUCCAGAGAACGCCCUCCGCACCUCCUCCCGUCGAGCAGCCUCGGACAGACCUGCGCGAGCUAGACCAGGAACUCGAUCCUCGCGAGCUGUUGCGGAGACAGUGGAACGGCGAGGCGGUCCCUGCGGCUGCUUCGGCGCUUCCACCUGUCGGUCCGCCCGCCGAGUCGGCUUGGGCGUCCGACACCAGCCUGCCAGACGACCACUACGCCUCGCCGACUUUCUCCUUUCCCUCGGCCAUCCUCACCAUUACAACCUCUGCGUCCGACGCGCCCUCCUUCACCUUUGGCGACUCGAACGGCUUUGUCCACCCGUCCUUGGACGACAGGACGCCCACCCACGACAUGCCCUCCUUCACAUUCGGCUCAUCCGCCUCAUUCAACGAUGCGGCCUCCUUCACCUUUGGCGCUUCCGACGGCUCUCUCGAGCCUUGGGCGAAAGGCGACUCGGCGAAGAAGGCGAGCGACGAUGCGCCAGAUCCGGCCGGGUCAUUCGUCUGGGGCGGCGGCGGCGGCGGCGGGCGGGACAACGCGAGUUCCACGACGCUGUCGACGCAGAAUCCGUGGUGA